ACCAUGGAGGUCUCUGGGUGGGCCCUGGGGCUUCUACCGCUGCUACUGCUUCUCCCCGGAGCUGAGAGCCAGACCCAGGUGUGCUCUGUGAACCAGGAGUUGUUCUCUGUGAAAGAGAAUGAGCUCCCUCCGAAUCCCCUAGCCACAGUCUCGGCACCCCUGGGGCAGACAGUGGUUGUGGGUGAUUCGUCCAAUCCUAAGGACAUCUUCGAUAUUGUGAAUGGUGAGCUGUGGCUCACCAGGGCCCCCGAUUAUGAGACACAGAGUGUGUUGACUGCCAUCCUGGAGUGCAAAGAAGGGUCCACUGUGGUGACCACACUGCCCGUGAUUGUGGAGGUCCUCAAUGUCAACGAUAUGGCUCCCGUGUUUCCCUUUUCCAGCAAGGCCUGGAAUGUCAGCGAGGACACCAACGUGGGGACCACUGUCAUCCCAGCCACAGAACUGACAGCCACAGAUGAGGAUGGAGACACGCUUUUCUACAGUCUCUUAGGGCAGAGCCCCCCGGAUGCAGACCUGGUUUUCUCCCUGGCUGGAGUUAACUUCCCCGCCCUUCAGCUGGUCCAGGCUCUGGACUACGAGAAGAACCCAAUCAUGGUCCUCCACCUUCUGGCCAGGGACACUCUGGAGCCAGAAGUGGAGCCUAGUCACACCGCCACAGCCACAGUCAUAAUCCAAGUGAUGCCUGCAGACAUGCGCCCUCCAUGGUUCUUACCCUGUGUGUACACUGAUGGGCGAAUCUGCGUCCAUGCACAGUACCAAGGAGCUGUGCCCACUGGUUCUGUCCUGACAUCACCCCUGACCUUCGAACCUGGGCCUGUAUACGCUAUCGAUGGAGACACUGCCAUCAAUGAACCAAUCGGAUACAGCAUUAUUGAGGGGAACACAGAUGAUACAUUUCAGAUUGGUGUGGACUCGGGCAACAUCACCAUGGCCAAAGCUGUCCCUGACCCCAAGACCUUCAAUCUGCUAGUCCAGGCUCAACAGCAAGUGCACACGGGAAGCUAUUCUGUGACUCAGGUCACCAUCCAGGCAGUGGCUGGGCAGCUGUACCCACCUCGAUUCCCCCAGGCCCUAUACCGAGGCUGGGUGCCCCCAGGCACUGGCGUCAAUGUCGCUGUGAGAGAUGCAGAAGACCCUGAGAAGGAGCUGAGGCUCAGAGCUGAGGAUGACGACUUCCCAGCAGGUGUGCCCAAUUCAGGCCUCCAGUACCGAAUCACCAACAGCUCGGCCUUCAGGAUGUCUGGGGAGGUUGUUCGGACCAAUGAUACGGUGGGGCCCCCGCAGGUGCUUUACCUGGAGGCUGAGGUCUUGGAUGAGCUGACCUCGGAGAAGGAUACCACCACCAUUGAGAUCCUUGUCCAAGACACAAAGCCCACCCCUCCAGGUGGCUCCCCAGGAGGCCAGGAGCAGCAGAGGUCCACAGUGAAUGAGAUGGCCAUCCUGGGAGGGGUGCUGGGAGCCCUGCUCUUCCUGUCCCUGGUCCUGCUGGGAGUCUUCAUCUAUAAGCACGAUAGGUGCCAGAAGUGUGGUCUCAGCAGCAAGCAUGGGAUCGACUUACAGGACUCAGGGUAUGACAACAAAACAUUCCAAGCCCAGGAGUCAGGCCACUGGGCGGCCUUGGCCAGCCCUAGCCCAGAGCUGGGGCUUGGACCUCAGCCCCUCAAGGAUGACUCCCCAGGGGGGCCCAGCAGUGGCCCAGACCCGCCACCUGAGGUCGAGACACCCAGCCCUGUGGUUGGAGAGGCCGAGGAGGAGAAGGGGGAGGCCAGAGAUGAGGGGAGCCUCGGAACCAGUAAAGAGGGGCCUAUGAGGUCUAUCUUGACCAAGGAGCGGAAGUCAGAGGAUGGAGGGUACAAAGCUGUGUGGUUUGGGGAGGACAUUGGUGCCCAGGCAGAUGUGGUGGUCAUCAACAGCCCAGUGGCCGAGGAGCCCAUGGUGGUGCCAGAGGAGCCUGAGGAGCCUGAGGAGCUCGAUAUGGUCCUGGUGGUGUCUGAGGAGCCUGAGGAACUCCUGAUGGCAUCUGUAGAGCCCCAGUUGCUCUCGGUGGUGCCCAAGGAGCCGCCCAAGGAGCCACCCAAGGAGCCCAUGGUAGUGCCCGAGGAAGAGCCUGAGGAGCCCAUGGUGAUGCCUGAGGAAGAGCCCAUGGCACCCGUGGUGGUGCCCAGGGAGCCUGUGGAGGAGCCCAAGGAAGAGCCUGAGGAGCCUGAGGAGGAGCCCGAGGAGGACCCCAAGGAGCCUGUGGUGGCACCUGAGGAAGAGUCUGAGGAGCCUGUAGUGGCAUCCGAGGAAGAGCCCAGGGAGGAGUCCAAGGUUGACCAGAGCAAUGUAGAAGCAAAUAAGAGUGGGGACAGGGAAAUGCAGAUACAGCCAACCUCGGCUGAGGACGAACCAGCCCCCGAGGCCAACAGCCCACCCUAAUGGGGCCGAGUCCCAGCUGAGGUCUCUGGGCCUCCCUC